AUGAAGCCAGCCUUGGAUCCGAACCACAUUGAUGAUGACAGCCCCUCCCGCGGCCCUACUUCGUCUCAUUCUGCUGCUGCAGCGCAGCCGAAAACGCGGCGGAGGCGCGGCUCCCUUAGGAAGGUUGCCCUGCUCGGCAGAGGAGCGCAACGAGACCGGCGGGACGGGAAGCCUCUAGCAAUCGAUACGGCAGCCACGGCAUAUGCCCCAUUGCUCGGCAACAUGGAUAACGCGGCUUCUCUCGGUAGCCAUGAUGCUCUUGGCCUUAAUGUUGCAGCAAUUAACUCUCUGGCGAGCCCCGAGGCAUCACAAAGGAUGCCUGCGGGAGCUGGGAGUCUAGUCAACUCAGAGCGCGAUGCAGACGCUCAAGCAACCCAGGAUACGUCAACAACCGACGAAGACGAUGUUUUACAUAUUUCACAUAAUGUAACCGCACCUAGGGCAAAUCUGUCGGCGUCUUCCUCGGGUUCGGAUUCAUAUUUUGGUGCACAAGGGUCCUCGCCCCGUCCAAACUCCUUCCAACCGGCAAAAUCUCCCCUGUCAUACAGUGGCAUCUCCACGAAUACAAUACCUGCCUCGGAUACCGAUUGGGAUUAUGCAGAGACUGAGUGGUGGGGCUGGGUUGUUCUCACAGUGACGUGGCUUGUCUUUGUCAUUGGCAUGGGCUCCUGUCUUGACAUUUGGAGCUGGGCAUGGGAUGUGGGCAAGACGCCUUAUGCGCCGCCUGAAUUGGAAGAUGACCCAACAUUGCCCAUAGUCGGCUACUAUCCUGCCCUUAUUAUACUCACGUGCGUUAUGGCUUGGGUCUGGGUUGUGGUGGCGUGGGUUGGUAUGAAAUAUUUUCGCCAUGCCAAGAUCAGCGGGGAUUAG